AUGCCUUCCGUCUUCGCUAAGAUUUUGGCGAAAAGGGCAGCUUUUGAAAGAUCUCUUAUGUGUGGCAUCUAUGGUCCCAAAUCUACCAAGAUAAUUAUCCCACCAAGCCUGGAAGGGCAGAGUACCGCAGCAAACGGGCUGGUAGGGCUUCAGCUCCAACACCCUGGCAGAUUCUUCAUACUUGGCUCGAACCCUUAG